AUUAUAAUUAUAAUCAUGCUAUUCGACAUUAUCGAUUCUCUUGUCGUUACACAUUAGUGUAAUCGCGCUCUCUCUAUCCGUCGUGUUCGAAGCGAAGGGCGAUCCAAUCGCGAUCUCUGGCGCUGCCGAAAUAUUCUCCGCCGAAAAUGGAUUUCUGCCCUUCUGUGAAGAACAUUAUCCUUCUUGAUUCAGAAGGGAAACGUAUUGCAGCCAAGUACUACUCAGAUGAUUGGCCUACCAAUGCUGCCAAGGAAGCUUUUGAGAAGACCAUCUUUACCAAGACCCAGAAAACAAAUGCUCGGACUGAAGCGGAAAUAACUAUGUUCGAUAGCAAUAUCAUCAUCUACAAGUUUGUUCAAGAUCUCCACUUCUUUGUUACUGGGGGUGAAGAAGAGAAUGAACUGAUUUUAGCCACUGUUCUUCAGGGAUUCUUUGAUGCAGUUGAUAUCCUGCUCAGGGGCAAUGUGGAGAAGAGGGAAGCGCUCGAGAAUUUGGAUCUCAUCCUUCUAUGCCUUGAUGAAAUCGUUGAUGGCGGAAUUAUUCUUGAAACUGAUGCAAACAGCAUCGCUGGUAAAGUUGCAAGUCACAGUAUUGAUUCUGGAGCACCUCUCUCCGAGCAGACGAUAAGCCAAGCUCUAGCGACUGCUCGUGAACAACUUACUAGGUCUUUUCUGAAGUGAUGAUAUCGCAGAGGAAAAAAUAUAUACGAAAAUCGCUUUUGGCACAUUCAUGUGCAUGGUGUACCUUCACUUUUCUUGUUUCAGAAGUGCUGGCUGCAAGUGGAUGUCGGGAUGAUUUUUCAAGAAAAAUAAUGAUUGUUUGCUAACAAA